GGGCAGGACGGCCCCCUCAUUAGCAUAUACACCUCGUUGAUUUGCAUAGCGCAGCAGCAGGCGCAGGAGCUUGGGCUCGUUAAGCGCACACGCAGUCACCGUAUUGUGUGCAACCCUAGAAGGCGAAAGAAGGCAGGCUCCAGGCAAGGCAAAGCAAAACAGCCGAGCGCUAGAAUGGCUGAAGAGUUAGUUUCGUAGAGGGACUGCGUUACACGCGGCAGCCUCGCAAAGGGGAGCUUGGAAGCUGGAAUGGCAGAGCCCAGCGGGGCACGUUAUUACCUGCUCGUGUGAGAUGAUUGACGACGAGCUGCCGCCUUUCCAUGGAGCCGGGAAGAAGGAAAGGCGCUGAAGCGUCGGCUCUUCGCGCGGGGGCAUUUUGCUGACGGGAGGCAGCGGUGGCGAAGGAGGGGAAAGGAAAGGGGACUCGGUUUUGCUGACGCUUAGAGCUGAGGUGGGAAGCGAGGCGGCCAGUCGGCCGCGAUAACAAGGGCUCCGCUCCGCCGAAGGGCCCGGCGAAAGGGGAGGAGAGAGCUCGAGAGAGAGGGCUUGGCCCUUUCCCCCUUAAGGGGACCGCUGUUAGGCGGCUGCCUGGGGCGCCCGAGCGACCCUUUGGCAGGUCUUGUGACGAGGAAGGGUCUCGUGAUGUGCUGCCUGGCUCUGCUCGGCUUCUUCGCCUGGGGCUUCGGGAGCUGGGCCGGGCCCAGCGGAGGAGCUUCCCCUCCUCCAUGCCCGGCUUCCUGCAACUGCGAUGGGGACGGGGGAGUUGAUUGCUCCGGGAGAGGGCUCACCGCCGUGCCCGAGGGACUCAGCGCCUUCACCCACUCCCUGGAUGUCAGUAUGAACAAUAUAACAAGGUUACCAGAGGAUGCAUUCAAAAACCUUCCUUAUCUUGAAGAGUUACGGCUGGCUGGCAAUGACCUUGCUUUUAUUCAUCCGAAGGCCUUGUCUGGGUUGAAGGAGCUCAAAGUUCUCACUCUGCAGAAUAAUCAGUUGAAAACUGUUCCUAAUGAGGCCAUCAGGGGACUCAAUGGGCUACAGUCCUUGCGCUUAGAUGCUAACCACAUUACUGCUGUCCCAGAAGACAGUUUUGAAGGCCUUGUUCAAUUGCGUCACUUGUGGCUGGAUGAUAACAGCUUGACUGACGUCCCUGUCGUUCCACUUAGCAAUCUUCCGUCCUUGCAAGCCUUAACCUUGGCUCUCAACAAAAUAACCAACAUCCCUGACUUUGCAUUUACAAAUCUCUCAAGCCUUGUUGUCCUGCAUCUCCAUAACAAUAAAAUAAAAACAUUGGGACAUCAUUGUUUUGAUGGAUUAAACAACCUAGAAACAUUGGACUUAAAUUAUAACAACAUGGUAGAGUUCCCUGAAGCAGUUAAAUCACUUCCGAGCCUAAAAGAGUUGGGAUUUCACAGUAAUUACAUUUCCGUGAUCCCUGACAGUGCAUUUGUAGGAAACCCACUUCUACGAACUGUACAUCUGCAUGAUAACCCUUUAUCCUUUGUUGGGAAUUCAGCUUUUCAAAACUUGUCAGAUUUGCAUUCCCUGGUCAUUCGUGGAGCCAGCAUGGUACAGUGGUUUCCUAACUUAACAGGAACCAUCAAUCUGGAAAGUCUGACUUUUACAGGCACCAAAAUAAGCAACAUUCCCAUUGAUCUGUGCCAAGAGCAAAAGAUACUUCGGACAUUGGAUUUGUCUUAUAACAACAUAAAACAACUUCCAAGUUUCAAAGGUUGCAGUUCCCUGGAAGAAAUAUCUUUGCAACAUAAUCUAAUUGAGGAAAUCAAAGAAGAUAUAUUCCAGGGACUGACUUCUCUACGAACCCUUGAUCUCAGCAGAAACUUGAUCCACCGGGUUUACAAGGAAGCAUUUACUACGCUUGGUGCUAUUACCAACCUUGACUUAAGUUUCAAUGCACUGACUUCAUUUCCAACUGGAGGCCUGGCUGGGUUAAACCAGCUUAAACUUGUAGGCAAUACAGAACUGAAAGAAGCUUUUGUGGCAAAAGAUUUUGUGAAACUCAGAUCUCUGUCUGUUCCAUAUGCCUACCAAUGCUGUGCCUUCUGGGGUUGUGACACUUAUUUAAAUGUCAACACGGAAGAUCCUAGUCACCAAGAUGCAGUUACACAUGAGCAAGGUGCUUCAGAAGCAGAUGAGUUAAGCAGUGAUGAGAAUGAAGAACUUGGUCAGACAAUAAUUCACUGUACCCCCACAACAGGUGCUUUCAAACCCUGUGAAUACUUAUUGGGAAGCUGGAUGAUCCGCCUUACAGUCUGGUUUAUUUUUUUGGUCGCCUUGUUCUUCAACAUGCUUGUCAUGUUAACUAUAUUUGCUUCUUGUACUUCACUGCCUUCCUCCAAACUAUUCAUAGGCUUGAUUUCUAUCUCUAACUUAUUUAUGGGGGUUUACACUGGCAUAUUAACUUUUCUGGAUGCAGUCUCUUGGGGAAGGUUUGCUGAAUUUGGUAUCUGGUGGGAGACUGGAAGUGGCUGUAAAGUUGCUGGGUUUCUGGCCAUCUUCUCUUCGGAAAGUGCCAUUUUUUUCCUAAUGCUAGCUGCCAUUGAACGGAGCUUAUCUGCAAAGGAAAUUAUUAAAAAGGGCAAAAGCAAUAAUCAGAAACAAUUUAGAUUUGCAGCCAUUUUUGCUUUCCUGUGUGCAUUGGUAGCGGGAUGUUUGCCACUUUUCCAUAAGGGAGAAUAUUCUGCAUCACCUCUCUGCUUGCCCUUUCCUACUGGAGAAACUCCCUCAUUGGGCUUCACAGUUACGUUAGUGCUCCUAAACUCAUUAGCCUUUCUGCUAAUGGCUAUUAUUUAUACCAAACUUUACUGCAACUUGGAAAAGGAAGAUCUCUCUGAGAACUCACAGGCCAACAUGAUUAAACAUGUUGCUUGGCUAAUCUUCACCAACUGCAUAUUUUUUUGCCCAGUUGCAUUUUUCUCCUUUGCUCCACUCAUCACUGCCAUCUCUAUUAGCCCUGAAAUCAUGAAGUCUGUCACUCUAAUAUUUUUUCCACUGCCUGCUUGUUUGAAUCCAGUCUUGUACAUCUUCUUCAACCCCAAAUUCAAGGAAGAUUGGAAAUUACUGAGAUGGCAUAUCACCAAGAAGAGUGGGACUGGAACAGUUGCUGUCAAUACUCAAGGUGGCUGUGGAACACAUGAUUUUUACUAUGAUUGUGGCAUGUACACACAUCUGCAGGGCAAUCUUAGCAUGUGUGAAUGCUGUGAAUCACUACUUAUAUCAAAGCCUGUGCCCUGUAAACACUUAAUAAAAUCCCACAGUUGUCCAGCUCUAACAGUAAUGCCUUGCCAAAGGCCAGAUGGCUUCUGGUCAGAUUGUGGUACCCAGUCUGCCCGUUCUGAUUACGCUGAUGAAGAGGACUCUUUUGUGUCUGACAGUUCAGAUCAAGUACAGGCCUGUGGACGUGCUUGUUUCUAUCAAAGCAGAGGUUUCCCAUUGGUUCGUUAUGCCUACAACAUCCCAAGGAUUAAAGACUGAAAGGCUUUACUGCAAAGCAUGUGCUAAAGAGGAGGAAGUGUGAUGCUUCAAACACCAUUCCUGUUCAAACCUUUCACCAGAAAGCACUUUUAUAAUCAUCACUUGAUCAUUAUAAACAAGGCAUGCAGGCAGUAAAUAUCUUGAGCUCUAUGUUUUAAAUAAGAGCUGUUGCUCUUCAUGUAAAUAAUGGAAAAACCAAAAUGUAUAAUCCCAGGUUUUUUACUCUUUUUCCAAGCAAUUAUAUAUUAUGUUCUUAGACUGUUUUUCCACGUUAUCCAAUUGUAACUUGCUGCUUCUGUUGUAAUGUGAAUUCUGUCAACUUUUCUAGUUAAGCACAAUACAUCAGAAAGCAGUUAACAUUAAAAAUUGUUUUAAAAUGUGACUUUAGCUACGGGAAAAAUUGUUGCUAACUUUUGUAUAGCAUUUCUGACUGAAUCUCAGGACAAUUUACUGCAGGGCCAAAAGAAGGGAGUACUCUUCUCAUAAGCAACUGUGAGACAAAUACAAGCAAAACAUGCUAUGUUUUCAUAAUAUAAGCUGUAGCUGAAUUUGUCUGGAACAAAAAUCUUUAUUUCAGUAAAAUACUUCUCACGCCUCAUAAUAGAAUCUGGAUGGUUUGGUGUAAUAGCCUCCUCAGAUAUUACUUGAUAGCAAAUGACAACUUUGGGCAUUUACAUGUAAACAAACGUCAACAUGAGUUUUGCCAAACUUGUCCUGUGUGGUUCCAUUGGGCUAGACCCAGACUUCACUUUUCACAGAUGGAAAAGCUGCUUCCAUCCACAGAUGGCUUUUGAUCCAGCAGAGGAAGCCUGCUGAUUUCUCCUCUACCACCUCCAGUCUCCAGUGCCAUACUGUUAUAGAGGAUCCCCAAACCCUCUGCUACACUGUGGAACUUGGUGCUGGUGGAAGGGGUAAAUUGGCAAAAGUCACUUCCUUUCCCCUCUCCACAGAAUUGCUGGCAGAAGCAUCCUUUGAGCAUAACUGUGUUCAGAAGAUGCUCCUGUGAUCAGGAAUGAAAUCUGGAGCCAACCCAAUGUGUAUUAACCUAUUCACUUGAUCUCUUGAUCCAUAGGCACCAUGUACAUAGACGGUGCCAUAUAAAUAAAUGUUAUAUUUCUUCCAUUGCUCUGAUCCUGCGGCCUCCAGUGUGAAUGUAGUGCUUCUCACAAGUUGUAGAAUAGUCUACACACAUAUUGGGGGUUUCCAAAUGCAUGCCCAGAGCAUUUUUAACAUAGAAGAGAACAGGAUAACCACUACCACAUGGAUAUUGAAGAGCCUCUGGGAUUUUGGAUUGUGCCAUGUGUCUUGAGACAGCAAAAAAUGUGUGAUAUGAACAGCUGCUGAUAGGUAAAAAUGAACUUAUUUUUCAGGAAGGGAAAUGUCUGGGGUGAAAGCACAGUCUGUAGUACUUUGUAGUACAUGGAAUAGGCCUAAAGGUAGCAAGUUUAUUUGGCAUAAAAGACUGGGAUGUUCAAAUACCAAGAAAUAAGACAUGUAAGGUGCCCUUCAACAUAGAAACUUCUGCUUGUUGCUAUUUUAAAGUAAUGUGGAAAUGGGCUGUCUUUCAUUAAAGGAGUGGGUGGGGGCACAACUAGUUAAAGUGUUGCAUCUUCAGACUUGAGGCCUUGAUUGUUUUGUUUUUUUACAAAAUGUUAAGUUGAAAGCAAUUCCACUGCCAUACCAGAAAUUCUGGUGCAAUUUUUACUAAAUGAUUUAGACCAGAUUGCCAUUAGGAAAAUUAAACUGUACAUAAUGUGCAUAAAAGUUUUUUCUUUAUAUUGUAAAUUAUUUGAUAGAACACAUGGGAAAUGUGGCUUCAGUGCAUUUUGUUAAUUAAGGCUACCUCCUGAAAUAUAGCAGCUGCCAGUAGCAGAAUGGUUAAAUUGUGAUUUAUAUACUUUUUGCAUUGUAAAUAAACAUUGGUUGUACAUUGUUGUAAUAAAACUAGAAGCUUUGUAUAUCAAAAUUAUUUAGCUUGUAUAAAAUAUGGGAUGCUAUCAUUCUCGUAUACUGUAAUUUUUGUAAGCCUAAAUCAUUCAUAGUAAAAUCAAAGAAAAUUGAGAGCAAGAGAGAAGUAUCCUAGAGUUUGUGUGUUUAUACUUUACAUCUCUUAAAUUCAACUUACAGAUUUAAUAUAAA